GCCUCUGCAGCUGCAGUGUUGUGCUCGGAGCGGAGCAGACGACGGCGUCCCUCCUGGUGCUGGUCUCUACGCCACUCGCGCCGCGCAUGGAGCGCGCCUCUCAGUCAACGUCGUGCAUGUCGUGAGGCCACACAUCGGCCGCCUUUUCCUCGAUUCUUGGCGCCGCCACCUGCACCACCUGCUGACACGUGCCGCCAUGACCAGCGCCACCGGGCACGGCGCCACUGCCGGCCCCUUCCCGCUUCUCGACGUCGGUGCUGAGGAGACGCCCUCGGCCCCCGGCAAAUGUGGCGCCCGACACGGAGGUGCUGCAGGCGGACUGGAAGCCCUCGCCAGAAUGUGCUUGAACGACGACAACAACAACAAGGACGACAUAUGCGGCUGCGGGAAGGGAGCCUCGCGCGUGAACGGUUGUCUGGCGAAUGGCGUGCGUAACGGCGUGGACGGGGGCGUGCGAGGAGUCAACGGCGGCGUGCUGGACGAGCGCCUCCACGACGACGGCCUUCAUCCUGCGGUCGGCAGUGCCGUGGAGCAGGAGAGCGGGGUGCUUGACGCCCUGGAGCACCACCCAGAGAGCAGAGUGCUGGUGCUCUACACCGGCGGCACCAUAGGCAUGGUCAAGAGCGAUUCCGGAGGACUCGCCCCCUUAAGGAAUCGACUAGCGGGUCGGCUCAGGUCCAGCACCACCUUCCACGACAACGAGUACUCCAGGUGGCGCUUUGGUGAAGGCGUGGACGGACCUCUGGUGCUGCCGGCGUCCAAGGAGGGCCGCCGAGUGCUGUACACCAUCAGGGAGUACGACCCGCUCCUGGACUCGAGCUGCAUGGGCGUGGAGGACUGGGUGCGGAUCGCCACCGACAUCAAGGCCCACUAUGAGCAGUACGACGGCUUCCUCGUCCUCCACGGAACAGACACCCUCGCCUACACGGCUUCAGCCCUGUCCUUCAUGCUGGAGAACCUUGGCAAGACGGUCAUUGUGACCGGCUCGCAGAUCCCGCUAUGGGAACUGCGGUCCGAUGGGCGGGACAAUCUUCUGGUGUCACUGCUGCUCGCGGGUUGCUACGUCAUCCCCGAGGUGUCCGUCAUGUUCGGCGCGCGCCUGCUCCGGGGAAAUCGUACCGUCAAGGUGUCUGCCCACUCCUUGCGCGCCUUUGACACCCCGAACUUCCCACCGUUAGCCACCAUCGGAAUCAACAUCGACGUGGAUCAUAGGUUGGUGUACAGACCCAAGACCACGGAGCCGUUCACAGUCCACUGCAAAAUGAAUAACAAUGUCGGGCUACUGCGCAUCUUUCCCAACAUUUCGACAAAUGUGGUUCGAAGCUUCCUAGCGCCUCCGCUCAAGGGCGCGGUGCUGCAGACGUAUGGCGCCGGCAACGUCCCGGGCAACCGCACGGACCUCCUGGAGGCCCUGAGGGAGGCCGCGGCGCGGGGCAUCAUCCUGGUGAACUGCACGCAGUGCAUGCACGGCCAGGUGGCCGACCUGUACGCCAUGGGCAAGGUGCUGUACGACAUGGGCGUGGUCGCCGGCGCGGACAUGACCCCGGAGGCGGCGCUGUCCAAGCUGUCUUAUGUGCUGUCCAAGGACGAGUGGGACCUGGAGACGAAGAAAGAGCGCCUGCGCACCAGCCUGCGGGGCGAGCUGACGGCGCCGUCCCGGAUCCUGGAGGACUGGGGCACGCUGGACUCGGUGGUGCGCGCGCUGGGCGCGGAGCCGUCGCAGGUGGCGGAGCUGCUCAUCCCGGCCAUCACGUGCGCCGCGGCGGCCCGGCUGGGCGCCGCCUCGCUCGCGGCCCUCAUCGACGCGGGCGCAGACCCCGCCGCGGGGACCAUGGAGGGCCGCACCCCGCUGCACGUGGCCUCCUACGAGGGCAACCUGGAGGCGGUGCGGCUGCUGCUGCAGCACGGCGCGGGCGUGCACGUCAAGGACAGGUUUGGCCGCACCCCGCUGCUGGAUGCCGUGCAGAUGGACCGCCACGAGGUGAUCACGGCCCUGAGGUCGUGCGGCGCGCACCUGGGCGCCUCCAACACAGCCAUCGGCGACAAGAUUUGCAGCGUGGCCGCCGUCGGGGACGUGAAGCGCCUCAAGUCAUUCCGCCUCGCCGGCGCCGACCUGGGCCAACGUGACGUGUCGGGCAGGACGCCGCUGCACGUGGCUAGCCAGCUCGGCCGCACGAGCGCCGCGCUGUUCCUCGUCUCGUCCGGAGUGGAUGUCUUCGCCAAGGACCUGAGCGGGCGCACCGCCGCGGAGCUGGCCCGGGCGGCCGGCCACUCCACGCUCGCCAACGCGUUGAGCCACGGCGGCCUGACGUGCUCCUAGGCCUCGUCGCGGACCCCGGCGGCCGCGACUUUGCCUGCACCGCUCUACGCCGCGCUGCGCCCGGAUGCAGCCACGCUUUGCCGGGAGUGCCCCAUCGCGUCAUCCGAUGAAUGAUGGCCACCGACUUACUUUCUCAAGCUCAUGCUGUACAACAUAGGAUUAUUAUUUAUUUCUUUUAUUAAAAUGACCUAUUGAUUAAGAAGACCAUGACACCCUGUGUGGUUCGAGUGGCGGCUCUUUCCCAUUCGCCUCUCCUUUGAUUUACCGUCCGAAAUCAUGCAAGUAAGGGAUCAAUAAAUAUUGUUGUUACCAUUCUUUUA